AUGGACAAGAAAAAUAAUAGGGUUCCCCCAACACUACGCUCCGCUGUGCUUGGUACAUCAGAGAGGGCAAAAGAGAUCAAAGGCCGAAUGCCGAAGCAACAACAGGCAACAGGCAACAGGCGGUCAAGUCGGAAUCCGUUCUUCCUACUAUCGAACAUUUUUGAGUUUCGUUCCGUCACGUCACGUCACAUCCAUGCCACAUGCAAGUCACACCUGCCAAUCCGACAUGGACAAGGGACCCCGAAACCCCAAGAACGAGAGGAAAAAAAAGUUAAUAUUUUUUUCACUUCAGAUGGUAUUGGUGAAAAGAUAAAAGUAAACAUUGAGCACACGUCAACUCAACCAGAGGGCGACUUGGUGGAAUUCGAAGAGGAGGAAGAUGAUGAGGCAGUUCUCCGCUUCUUGUCCUCUGAGUCAGAAAAGAGGGAGGACCGGUUGGGCCAGGAGGGAAAGGCGCAUGAUGUGUUUCUGCCCGAUGUCAUGGAGAAAGAGCUUUUGCGGGGAGCAAUAUCAAGUAGAGAGUCGUUGGGAGAUGGCGGAGGAGGUGGAGGAAGAGAGGAGGGUGAGCCAGAUGGCGAGGAGAGCGUGCUAUUGAAGCUGAAUCCGUACCACAUUUUGCUGGAGCAGCAGGAUGUGAAGAGUCUGGGGGAGGUUUAUAUAAAACCUGGGGGAGGAACAGUGGAAAGGAGGCUAUUCAGGAUUAUUCAGGGUACGAAUGAGGCGAUCGAGACAAUCAACCCAGACGGGCGGGACGGCGGUAUUGAUAUAUAG